CAUUGGCGGUGGAGGCUUGCUUGCUAAGAUAGUUGAGGCUAACGGCGGUUUGUUAUGCUAGCGUUCAACAAGACGUCGGAGAAACUUGAAAUUCCAGUGAAGCUUCAAUCGGCCUCUUAACGUCACAUGUCAAUGUUGUUGAACGUUACCUUUUUGUCCAUAUCGAUAGCAGAUAGCUGUAACUUUGUUUGUGCUAUUUAGUAAGCUGUCAAGGAUGGUAAAGUGCUGUAACGUUACCAGUGUUGACUUUAGCUAACGGUUAUUUCCAUCACAUGCAGGAGGCUAACGUUAGCCAGCAAGGCCGAUCCGUAAACUUGAUCUGCUAAACGCUACCGUUAUGUAAACGUUGGCAUCGUUUCUUUUAAGACUUCAUAGUCUUUUAUCAGAGGAAGUUAUUUUAACCGUGUUGUCAUGAGUGAACCUGGUCAUUUAGUCACCUGAUCUGUGUCUGCUAAGUAUUCAUCUUAAACUAGUAUGGAUGGGGAUGACUGCAAUGGCCGGUCUUACUUGUCAGGAAGUGGAGACUCCUCAAUGGAAAGAGAUUUUUCAGGGGCCCUUGGAGGCCCAACAGUGAGCACCCCAAAUAGCAAGGAAGCCUCUCCUACCCGCUCCCUCAGUGGCUGUAUAGCCAACUCCAUUAAAGUGGAGCUGUACAGUGAUGAAGACCCGGGUCGCAGUACUGAGGAUGAAAGAGGUGAGCGAGUAGAGGAAGGAGGUCCAGAGCAGGGAUCUGAGGCUGUUGGAUGCUACAGGGAGCUUCCCAAUCCUGAAACCAUGCCAACAGGAGCCACCAGACUGCCAAAUGGAAAGCUCAAGUGUGACGUCUGUGGAAUGAUCUGCAUUGGGCCUAAUGUUCUCAUGGUGCACAAACGCAGUCAUACAGGUGAACGACCAUUCCAGUGUAAUCAGUGUGGCGCCUCAUUCACUCAGAAGGGUAAUCUUCUUCGCCACAUCAAGUUGCACUCAGGGGAGAAGCCCUUUAAAUGUCCCUUCUGUAGUUAUGCCUGCCGAAGACGAGACGCACUUACUGGCCACCUUCGAACUCAUGCUGUGUCAUCUCCAACUGUGGGGAAGCCGUAUAAAUGCAGUUACUGUGGACGUAGCUAUAAGCAGCAGAGCACCCUGGAGGAGCACCGUGAGCGCUGCCAUAGCUACUUACAGAGCCUCGAGUCACAACAAGCAACCAAUGCUCAGAGUCAAGGAGAGGAGAUGAGAGAGCUAGAGUUUAUACCAGACUCUCUACUGCAACCCUCCUCAGAUAAGAUGGCAUUUAUUGAUCGGCUCGCCAACAGCAUCACCAAACGCAAAAGAUCCACACCACAAAAAUUUGUAGGACAGAAGCACAUUCGCCUCAACCUUGCAGAUGCACCUUAUGAGCUCAGUACUGGUUUAGACAAAGAUGGCGAGAUGCACCCUGGGGACCUUGAAGCCCCACACUUUGCUGGUCUGGGAGGAGAAUAUACCAGUGUAGCAGGUAAUGGAGGAGGGAUAUCAGACACACUGAGGCCUCUUCACCUUCCCUCCACUCACCCUUCAUGCUUAACUGAACUCAGACCAGUCCACAGCUCUGCUCACACCCCUGUUGCUCUCGGCCCGAGGCUGGAUUGCACAGGGAUGGGAGCUGGAGCUGUUGGGGGACGUGAAGCUGCAGAAGGUCAUGAAGACCUUCCAGCUGGUCGGUGUCAUGCACCUUCGCCUAGCAAUGGUUGCCAGGACUCGACGGACACAGAAAGUAUGCCAGAUGAGCCGUGCAACAGCACUGCUCCAACUGUACCUGUGCACAGUAACAAUAACAAUAGCCAUCAUCUCCUCCACUCCAACAACAACCCAGCGCCUCCUCCCAUUGCACAUCACAGGAGUCGAGACCGACAUAGCCCAAGCCACGCCAAAGACAGGGAGGUGGAGAGAGAGGAUGGAGGCCACCCAGCACCGCCACCUGCUGCACAUGCUCCGACUCCAAGCUCACCCACAGCACCCUCCUCUACCUCCAGGGAGGCUCUUCGUGUGGUGGAUGGGGAGGGGCGAGCUGUGCGUUCUUUCCGCUGUGAGCAUUGCCGGGUGCUUUUCCUGGACCACGUCAUGUUUACCAUCCACAUGGGCUGUCACGGUUUUCGCCAGCCUUUUGAGUGUAACAUCUGUGGCCACCGCAGCCAGGACCGUUAUGAAUUUUCUUCACACAUCGUUCGCGGAGAGCACAUCAUUGACUGAGGAUAGAGGUGGAGGACUCAUUUCACCUCCAGUUACUUUGACACUGAGAUGAGGACCUGGCUGGGUUUGGUCUGCACAGGAGUUAGUGGUACUGGUAUGGUUAGUUUGUACCGGUGUAAAAGAAGAGCUAUUAUUUAUGUUCCUAAAAUUAUUAUCGUCAUACAAUACUUUUGAAAGCACUUUGAAAAAUGAGACGAUUUGAAAAUGCACUUUAAGUUAAAUAUAUCCACAUAGAUGAUGAGCCAAUGCACUUUUUCAUCCCUAAAUGUGCCUUGCUCUAAAAUACAGAAUUUGCACCUGAUGAACAAGUAUUUUAGACAGUUCUGACUGUUGUCCAUUACCCCAAAUGCUUACUGUCUUGUGCACUUUACACCAUGAUGAAAAAAACAAACAUGCAGAGGAUGUAAUGGGAUAUGUAAAUAUUUUACUGCCUUCUAAAAGCACCUUUACAAAUUAAUUAUUCCCUUGACAAAUACUAAAUUUCUCAAAGUUACUCUGUCAUGUGGGUUAUUGUGUGCAAUGGAUGGCUUUUUAUCAAGCUUAGGGGAAUCCAGACCAAACUCAGAAGCCAGGUCCAAGUCAAGCAGGUGUGUUUAAGUUUUCCAUGAAUUAGAAAUGCACUUUUUGUUUUCAAUGGGGAUGGGUUGACAGAUCUGAUUGAGUUUAUCUAUGUGAGAAUGUUAGUGAUCCUUCAUCAUUUUCUUUCUUUCUUUUUUGUCUUUAGUGGAAGUUGGUUGAAUAAGUAAAAAUGAAGGCCUUUAUUUGUGUGAAUGCUGUGUGGAGCAGCGUAUGAAAUGUUUUUCCUUUUCUAUGAUGGCUUUUGUUGCACUGAUAACCUGCCAGAAUAUUAUGAUUAUUAUAUUAAAAUAUUUUGUAGAAUACAUUAAUGAUCUGCACAUUUCUCUCAGAGUUUGGGAAAAGGUGAUGUUUCUCUCACUAGAAAGAGGUGUGAGUAUCACUGCCACAAUUUUAGAGAUUACUGAAGAGAGUUGGGUCUUUUGUAAGUCCUUUCAUAAUGACACUGAAGUGCAAACCAUCGACUAUCUAUUUAUUCUCUAUUUUAACAUGGUUUUGAUGUUCUGAUGUCAUUGUAUUGUACGUUUAACUCCCCAUUCUCACCUUGUUGACCGAAGGGCAUGAGCUACUUGUUGUCAGGUCUUAAAACAGCAGAUCUUGAUUGGGAGAUUUACAUUAUACAAUACGGUUCUGUGGUUGACUUGUAAUUUUGCUAAAUAAUUAUUUUCCUACUCAACCAAAAUGUCAGAUUGAUAUUUAUAAACUUCUGUGCAAAGAAAUAAUUCAGCUAAUUUAUCAAAGACUAAAUGUGUAUGGUAUUUAACCCAAUGCUGCUAGGAUAUUAAUGAGUGCAGUGUUGAGUGGCAGGUGUCGGCAGUCUUGAAAUUUGUGUUAUUCAGAUAUUCGGGUUGUCUUGAAUUAUUCUUGGUGAUACUGUGGAGAAAUGUUGUGGCUCAAACAAUAGUCAACCUCUGAUCCUCAUUUAAAUAUUGAAAGAAGGACAAACUAAUUAUUUUAGACGCUCUUUGUUAAUAUUUGACUUGACACACUUUAAGCACAUAAGACAAUGAGACACACUGUCUAGUCGGCUAACCCAUUGUUAAGUCUCAUUUAUAGACAUGGGCAGAAAACCGAGCACUACAUUUAUGAUGAUUAAAUCAUUUUGUAGACAUCCUCUGUUUACAGCCUCUUAAAGAUGUUUUAGAUGAAUUGAAAUACAUGAAGCCUGAAAAAUACAAGUCAGAGUGAUCAGCUGACUUGACCCCUGUAUAUGUGUGGUGCUCAUGAACACAAUUUUUCCUUUUUUUGUCAGAUUUGGUAUAUUUUAGUGAAUAUUUCUAAGCUAUUUCAUGAAAUGUUAGAUUCUUUUGGUUCUGGUGAAUGCUGCUUUUCGUAGGUCCUGUCAGGACAAAUGGAAACACCAUGAAUUCUAUCAAAUGUUGCUAUUUAUGGACAUUUUAGUAAUGUGAAAGCUCCCCUGUCCACAUAAGCAGACUAAAUGUGUGAGAAACUUCAAUUAUUGUUCCCUACAAAGAGGAAUAAACAAGUAUCUUAUUCCAAGAUAGAUCACAGUAACUGUGGUUCUAAAAGCACCGAAUUAUCCCCUUAACUGAGCCAAAGAACCAUUGUUUCUUAAGUGGUAAAAUAAGAAACUAAAGUAAUUUUAUAUAUGUAUUUGUUUAUAAAAUGUGGAUAUAAGGAAGCAAAAUGUAUCUAUUUUCAUGGUCCCGUCAGUUAAAUCUUGUAGGUGGUGAAAAAAAUUGCCUUGUUUUUACAUAUUUUACAAAAGAUUAAGAUGAGCAUUUGAGAUUUCCAACUUGAAAAUAAAUGUCAUUUAACCUGUAUAAAGCAUUUACACUUGUUAAGUGAAGCUUUGUUUUUGGCUUUGAGUACUGCAGUGUUCUUUUACCACUAUAGAAACAAAUGUAAACAUGCUAAAAAUUUCUCUUCAAAAGACAUCAUUGAAUAUUUAAGUAAUUUCACUCAAUUUCCAAAUGAUCUUGCCUUAAUAUAAGACUGUUAGGUCACAUUGAGACAGUUUUACUACAGCUUAAUUGAAAAGCAUUUACAAUGUGACUUGAAAGGUUUUUCUUAGGUUUGUGGAAGGCUUAGGUGCUGAUGACUUUUUGUUUUAUCACUAAAAAAUGAUGCAGCUCAAAGAAACAUACCUGAUUUUUAACAUCUCAACAAACAAUUCCAGUUUCACAUAUAGCUAAUCCUAAUUUUGUUUGGAUAUUUCCAAGAGAAAAAAACUCAUCUGGCCCAUACGGUAUCUUUUCUCUCCAGAGCAGUUGUAAUCCAGUUUUUUUUGUUUUGUUUCUUGAGCUUAGGUUCUGUACCUCAACCUGAUAGUAGAAAAUCCCUGGACUUUGAUAGAAACUGUCCAACACCAAAGUUGUCAUUAGAAAUAAAGAAAAGUGUGUUUUUAGUUUGCAUGAGCAGAACAUUUGAAACAGCUGUAUCUUACACUUUGUUUGACAACCUAAAUGUGUAAAAAGGCCCCGGUGUGACUUGCGUAGUAAUUGUUUUUGUGCCUUCGGCCUGACUUUUGUCUCAGACGUUGCUUUCUCCUCAUUUCAAAGUAUCACAAGUAAGGCUUGUUAAUUCAAUGGCACGACUACAUGUUACAGAACAUACAAAGACUUCACUUGCAACUGUUUUUGAAAAUAUUCACCCAUGACGUAGUGUUUUUAGAGACACUUAUUCAAUAACACCGUCCACAGAGCCAUCCUAACUUCAAGGACUUUGGUAAUGCUGACUGCUAAAAGCCAAAGAAAUAACUACAGGAGACAUCAAAUGAAACUUUAAGACCUAAACCCUCAGCCUGUUGACCUUGUGUAACAAAUAAACAAAAAAAAAAGCUCUGCAAUUAUUGUACAUUUGAGUACACAUCCGGCAUCGACAGAACUAAUCUGAAGGGUCAGGCCUGUUUGUCCUCCACACAUUUGAGGUCUUGGUUUAGAUUUUUCUACAUGUGCUUCGAAACUUGAUGCAUGAACUUCAUUAAAUAGUGACUUUCUUCAACCUUCAGCCACCUUUCUAUUUGAGUCUUAACCAAAUGAAAACUGUCAGCUCUAAUUCAUGGCAGUUCUUUCUCUCUAGCUUUGUGGAAUUUUGUGUUUAGAUGUUUUCCUCGUUGCAGUUUGUCCCUUUGGGUUUUACCAUCUGUUAACCCCUCCAGUCUUUAUGCCUGUAAAGGGUCGGAUAUCGCUUUAAAUUACUGCAGAGCCUUUUCAAAUGUAUCAUAUGUAAUUAUGCAUUUGUGUAAUUUGAUCUGAAACUACUGUAAGUUUUGUACUGUAAUAAAGUCUAUUCCAAAUUAAA